CCCUGGGGACCGAACCUUCACCUAAAAGGGAAGUGGAUGGAGGGCGGCUCCGGGCGAGGCCUCUGAGCAGGCCGGGAGUGUCACCGAGGGUGGUGGAAGGAAGGUGGACGAACCCUGCAUGUCCUUGGGUCUGAAGGACACCACGCAGGCACAUCGCAGCCCUUCCUCGUGCUGCGCCCAGGCGGUCCGACCAGCCUGCCCUGAGGGUCCGUCUCCAAAUGAUGAUCAUUGUCCCCCUGAACAGGGAUGGAGGAAACUGCCUAUGAAGCAGCAGGAUCACCAAGGGUCCAGUUUCAGUCUUUGGAGAGCCAGUCUGAAUGCCUUUCCCCAGAGCGUCCGUUUCUGCAGGACACGGAGAUGGAGCAGGGACUCACUGGGGGAUUUCCAGUUUCCAAGCCUGAUGGGAUCUCCCAGCGGGAACAAGAUCUACAGGUCUUUGAUCUGGAAACUAAGAAUAGAGAAGUCAUAAGAGAUGACUGUUCAGAUGGAGAGACCAGAGAAGAAAACAAGCUGUUGAUCCCUAAGCGGAAAAUUUCAGAAGAAGUGCAUUCAUACAAAGUGAGAGUAGGAAAAUUCAAACAGAAUAUUGUGCAAGUUCCUGAGAGCAGAGAGGUGUAUAAGUCUGAGGACAGAUUAGAAAGACUCCAGGAGAUCCUAAGAAAAUUUCUCUUUCUGGAGAGAGAGUUUAGACAAAUAACAAUCAGCAAGAAAAACUUCACCAGUGAGAAGAACAGUGAACCUGAAAAAAGCUUCAGUCUAGACUCCACAGAUACAGAUCAGAGAGUUCUUAGAAUACAGACCAUUGAUGACAGUAAGUAUGACCUGAACUUCAACCAGAACCCAGGUGUUGGUGAACAAGAACCCAUAAAUCUAACACAGAAUUUUCAGAGUAGUGACUAUAAAGAAAGCUUAAUGGACCUGUCCCACCUUAAUAAAUGGGAGAACAUACCUGCCACUGAUAGAUCCUAUAAAUGUGAUACAUGUGGGAAAACCUUCCAUCAGGCCUCAGCUCUUACCAGACACCAGAGAAUUCACACAAGAGAGAAACCCUACAAAUGUAAAGAAUGUGAGAAGUCUUUCAGUCAGAGCUCAAGUCUUAGUCGACAUAAAAGAAUACACACUAGAGAGAAAUCCUACAAAUGUGAAGUGUCCGAUAAAUCCUGUGAUGCACCUGACAAAUCCUGUAGCCAGAGCUCAGAUGUGCUUCAGCAUAAGAAGGCUCAUGCCAAAGCCAAGUCUUACAAGUGUGGCAGCUGUGAGAGAGUCUUCAGCCGAAGUGUACAUCUUACUCAGCAUCAAAGAACUCACAAGGACAUGGCGUGUAAAUGUAACGUGUGUGGCAGUGACUUCUGCCACACCUCGUAUCUAGUUGAACAUCAGAGGGUACAUCAUCAAGAGAAGUCUUAUGAGUACGAUGAAUGUGGACUGGCCUAUGUGAAACAACAAGGAAUUCGUUUCCGAGAAAAGCCCUACACAUGUACUGAAUGUGGGAAAGACUUCAGAUUGAAUUCCCAUCUUAUUCAGCAUCAAAGAAUUCACACGGGAGAGAAGCUGCACGAAUGUAAUGAGUGCGGGAAAGCUUUCAGCCAAACCUCAUGCCUUAUUCAGCAUCACAAAAUGCACAGGAAAGAGAAAUCAUAUGAAUACAAUGAUUAUGAGGAAAAUUUCAGUCACAAUUCUGAUCUUACUUUGCAACAAGAAGUUCCUGUUAGAGAGAGUGUCUUUGAUUGUGAUGCAUGGGAAGAGAACUUCAGUCAAAGAGCUCAUCUUGUCCAACAUGAAAGGAUUCAUACCAAAGAGAAACCUUAUGAAUGCAAUGAACUUGGGGAGACAUUUAGUCAAGUUCAGGCUUCAUUCAGUAUGUGAGAACUGAGACUAGAGAAGUCACAUCUAUACUGAAUGUGUUAACGUCUUCAGUUAUAAAGCUCAGUCCUUGGACAGCAUCAGAGAAUUCAUACCAGAGAGAAACCCGCCGAAUGUGAUGAGUAUUAGGACUUUGUGUGUGUGUGUGUGUGUGUGUGUGUGUGUGUGUGUGUGUGUGUGUGUGUGUGUGUUACAUCUUCACUGGCUCUUGUAAAUCAGUGCUAGAACACAUAGAACAUGGUUCAUUCUUCAGAUUAUUUUCAUACCUUAGUCACAGUUGGGGAAUUUGUAAUGGAGUAAAAUUCCACUGUUAAAUGUGAAAAAGCCGUCUGUCAACUACCUUGUUGGUUCAGUGUCAAAUUUGUGCCAUGCAGAAAGCUUGUGAAGAUAGGUGUGUAUGUGAGGAAACACAGUCAUACCAUAGUGCUUGCUUACAUCGAAGAAUCUGUACCCAAGAAAUCACUUGGGUAUAGUAAACAUGACAAAUCUGUGAGCAGGGGCUCAUCUGUCAUCAGAAUGUACCAGACGAGAAUCUGAAUACUAUGGAAAUGGUAAGAUCAGAAUGUCUGCACCAGAUGAGACAGAGAGAAUGCAAAUGGUGAAACUUACCAGUCUAUUUCAGGCCUUAUCCAGUACCAAAGUAUUGGAGAGAAAAUGGUUGCUUCUGUGUGUAAUUAUUCCUGUUUAGUUCCAGCCUCUUCAGUGUAGAAUAACUGAAUUCAGAAGAUAAUUGGUGAAUACAUUUUUUCUGACAGCAUCCUUUAAUAAGUAUUCUAAGUAGGUACGAGUAUUUUAUUUACAGAACUCAUUUAAGUGAGUUUAAUUUGGCCUAUAUACAUUAAAACAUUUUUUUCUUUGAAAUUGAUUCAUAUUCACAGUUUGCCUAGGAUGCUGUUUUUGUACCAGUGUUGACAUAGCUUCUGGAGAGUAGCUCUGUGAGCUUUUUCUGUCUUGGCUUAAGUGCUAUCCACAGGAGACUCAGGCCUAUUAUUUUCUGAGGACCCUACAUGCUGUUGUUUCUAUAGCCAUACUGUUGGCUUCUUGUUGAUUUUUGCAUUCUCAUAGGCAUCUUUAAAUGAUGUCCUGGUUUUAAGCUUCUCACUAGAUGUUACUGCUAUUCUGUGGGAUCUUCUAUGGUGAAUCUUCCUUUAAAGUUGUAUAUCCACAUCAGGCAUCCACAUUUGGAGGAUUCAGUCUUCCUGAGUUUGUGGCAGGCCCCCAAACACUUGUAAGUAAUGCCCAAGUUUUUAGCUGCCUUGUUUGCAUCCACAGCCCUUUAAAAGAGAUGACAAGAAUAUCAGGGAGCCAGUAAGACUCCUGGUGGUCUAGCUACAUUCAUUCAGUGCCUACUUUGCAUGAAUGCGUACAUUUAGAAAUCUUUUAUAUGCCUGUAUUGAAGGCCAACAUAACGCUCAGGUCUGCUUUUGAUAGGGAAACAAAGAACACACAAAUCACUUCGUAAGGAAAUACAGCCUUCCAAUAAAGAUGUUGCUGUUAUUAGUGAUGUAAUCUAGACAGUAUUCUAAGAGUGGCAGGUCCGUUCCUGGUAAAAUUUUAACCAUUAGGAUUGCUUCUUUAUCUGUCCUCCCUCCACUCCCUUCAUCAAGCCAGGGUAGUAUUUUCAAACAUAGGGCUUUGUGCAUGAUUGUUUGUGCAUUGCCAUUCUUUUGUGUUGAGAUGCAGUCUUACUUUGUUGCCCAGGCUGGCCUUGAAUUCCUGGGUUCAUACAAUCUUCCUGCCUCCCAAGUAGCUGGGAUUAUAGGCAUGCGCUCCUGUGCCUGGAUUUUAUUUUUGUAUUUUAAUAGAAUCUACAGGCCAUAUAAAAGAUCAUGGCUGUUUUGAUUUAUAGAAGUGAUCACAGGUGUUGAGUUCAGGGUCCCUGCCCUAUACAACAUAGAGUUCAUGAUUCUUUACAUGGUGUCAAAGUAUUUUUUUCAUCUUAAAAUUCAUAACAUUUUAUGAAUAAGAAAAGUAUUAAAAUUCUACUUGUCAAUCAAGCAGUUGAGGCUUUUGUAGUUCAGAUGUUGUAAUGUUUACUAGGAUCCUCAACCAAUAUAUAAAAUAUAUUGCUCACUCUGUAAACCUUGUGGCUAACCUGUAGGAUAGUCCUACCACUGUAUUUUACUUCUUUGCCAUCAGCAAGCGUAGUGUCUCAUCAGGGCAAGAAAAUCGACAUAUAUCCAAUUGAUUUAAAUGUAAAAACAAAUGAAAAAUGCAUGUUUUUUUUUUGUCCCUAUCAAAAUUGUAUACUCUUACUUAUAAAGACCAGUGGUCACCUAUAGUGACUGAGGCAGAGGAUUGAUUCAUCCCUAAGUAGCAGAAUCUGUAAAAAUCACAUGUAUGCAUUUGGGCUAGGAACGUGCUUUUGUACUUCUACCUGAAUAAAGGUGUGUUCAAUGCUCUUA